AUGUGUAUCAAAACGAUAUAUCACUACGAGUGCGGUCACACGAAGGACUUCACGCCAGUCUGCAAACGGGCCUUUGACGACUGCCCGUUCGGAAUCACCCCAACGAAAUGCGCAAACCCCACCCUUGUCGAAAAGACAGUCCGGGACGUCUGUUCUGCCAUGGCGUGCAAGUACGAGCAACAGGACAAGCGAUGGAUCUGCCACGUGUGCGAUAUGGAUAACGAGGACUCCAUGACGUGCGAGGGUCAAGAUUGUGACCAUGGCGUCUGCGCUGAGUGCCUUCCUUGGGAGUCUUCCUUGGCGAACAUCCCGCACAGAACUCCUGAGGAAAUGGAACUGGCGGAGCUUCGAGCCAUGGGGCGCGAGCCAGACAAACAAUCUCAGUCAACCCUCCAGUCUCCGUUGUCUGUUCCGUCUCAGUCAACUGUCGAGACUCUGUCAACUCAGUUGACUGCUCCAACUCAACUGACUACACCGACUCAACUGACGGAGCCAACCCAGUUGGCUGAGCCCGCCAAACGCUCCGAGAACAUGAAACCGCCAAGGUUCCGCUGCAAAGGUUGCCCCGUCUGCAUAGUCCCGGACGCGCCAUCGAGACCGCGACGACCCAAAUCAAAGACGCCGCAGCCCAAACCUCCCAAGGUCCCGGUCUACGACUCCGGGGCGGGAGGCUGGGUCCGACGGCCUGAUAGAAGAGGUAGGAUAAGCCUUAGAAGGGAAGACACAAGUACCAUGGGAGUCGGUGGAAGGCAGUCAAAGCUAUUGGAAAUGGUCGAGGAACUAAAUGGUCAAAAAAACUAG